AGCUGUUCUGGAUCACAUGGUUAGUAGGAAAAUGGCUGGACUGCCUGUUGGUGGACGUGCUGUAUUGUUUCUGUGCUUGAGUAACCUGAUGACUUGGCUCUUCUGGAACAAGCCUGGAUCUUCUGCGCUGCCACUGGGUCACUGCUGGUUCAGUCAUCUGGAUGGGUCUUGUAAAAAAUUAAAGUACAACUUGUCUGUGAGAACCACUGUUAGUGGAGGAUUCUCUCUUCCUACGCCCACUUUGAUGUUGUGAGGACUUUUAUUUUGAAUCUUCAGAAGAAAUGGCCGACAGUUGAUUAGUACUACCAAAUUUGGCCUUGCCAUUAAUGCCUGAUUUGAAAACUAAAGGGCAAAAGGAUGGCCAGAUGCAGGAGCAGGAUAGAUCUUCUGGAAGCCAUUACAGAAUCAUUUCACCAACAUUCAAGUAUACGAUGAGCCACCGGCGUGUGGGGAAGUGCAUCAUCAUCAACAACAAAAACUUUGAUGAAAAUACAGGGAUGAACGUUCGUAACGGCACUGACCGAGAUGCAGGCGAGCUGUUCAAGUGCUUCAAGAACCUGGGCUUUGAAGUUUCUAUCUUUAAUGAUCAGACAUGUGAGAAGAUGGAGUGUCUUCUCAAAAAAGCUUCAGAGGAAGACCACAGCGACAGUUCGUGUUUUGCCUGCAUACUGCUGAGCCAUGGUGAGGAGGGCAUGAUCUAUGGCACAGAUGGCGCCAUGCCCAUCAAGGCCAUGACCUCGCUGUUCAGAGGAGACAUGUGCAAAAGCUUAGUUGGGAAGCCCAAACUCUUCUUCAUCCAGGCUUGUCGGGGUUCUGAAUUCGAUAAUGGAAUUCAGACCGAUUCAGGUCCACCAAAUGACACGCUGGAGACCGAUGCUAAUCCAAGUCAUAAGAUCCCUGUAGAGGCGGACUUCCUGUAUGCGUAUUCCACCGUGCCAGGGUAUUACUCCUGGAGGAACCCUGGGCGUGGUUCCUGGUUUGUCCAGGCGCUCUGCUCUGUCCUCAACGAGUUUGGCAAGAAGCUGGAGCUGAUGCAGAUCCUAACUCGGGUUAACUACAUGGUGGCCACCAGCUUUGAGUCCUGGUCUGAAGACCCACGCUUCACUGAGAAGAAGCAGAUUCCCUGUGUGGUCUCUAUGCUGACAAAAGAGCUAUAUUUUAACUAGCAUCCUACCUGUACUGUAUGAAACUGUUGGACCAGACUGACUGUUUCAGGCACUUAACUCAAAGCAUUCAGGGAUGAUCUAGGCCGAAGCACUCUUUAUACAUAAAGCACACGAUGUUAUAGCUGGGCCUGAAAAACAGAUCUAGAGUACCACAGCUCGCUGCAUUCACAUGCGAAUCGUUAAACCUCUUCUUAAGGGUAAAAAGGCUUCAUCUCUGUCCUCAGGACUUGUGAAAUAUAUACGUUAAUCAGCCAGACCCAUAACACUUGGAGAAUCAUACCUGUGUAUCUGUUCUCUACUUUCCAGCACUUGCAAAAUAUCUCGUUAUCUAUUAAAAAGAUUACCAAUAGUUUUGUUCAGGCUUCACUGCUUCCAACUGUCUUCUCCUCAAAUUAAACAAAAACAUAUCUUUAGUCGGUGAAUCUAAGUAUUUUACACCAUAUGUUUUAAACAAGAUCAGCUCUCUCUCAUUCUCUAAAUCCAAAUAAUGCACAUUUAGCUGAAGUUUUUAGCACAGUGAGUUUUGCGCAUCAGACAGAACACCAGCAACAGAUAGAGAUUACAUUCAGUGUCACUUUUAUUUCAAACUGAUGCUCUCGUUUAAGCAAACCCCGUCACCACUCACUUCACCAAUAGGCACCGAAAACAACACAACAUGAGAAGGAAUUGCUUGAGAAGCAGUUUAUCUCACUUGUUUGAUUUGUUGUCCAAAAUAAAUUCAAUUCACUGUUUCUCUUUUUGGACAAAAGAUAUCAGACGAGUGCAACGAAGAGCAGACCCAAAAAUAAACUAACCUAAAAUAAACACCAGUUCAAAGAGUAGGAGUGGGAACUGCUAGUCUCUACAUAUGAUGAGAUGAAUUUCACCAGUGUAUGACGAUGACUAUGGGGCUAACUUUUUGACUUUAACUUUGAUUGGUUACCUAAGGUGGCGCUAAUCAAUGAUCUCUGACUGAUUUAAAGUCUCCGUUGCUGGAUCAAACCCAAAACAAUUACAUUUGGUGAAAUUAUGCACGUAUUUUUGAACCAGGGUCCGACAAAAUGGCUUGAAAUAUGUAAUUUAGUCUACUUGACAUUCCUUUAUUAGUACAGUGUCUAAAUUUAGAACACUUGAAGAAUAUCCAAAUGGUGGCGUGACUUGUGGAAACAUCAGAGUAUAAAGCUGAGCUGGAGCGUAAAGCACAAAUGCUGCAUCAUUUGACUGUAUAUUAUUGUUGUUCACCGUCUUCACUCACACUCUACUGUAGCUAAAUGGAGACUAACAGUGUCUUGGUAUUUAUAACUUUACAAAUGUAGUUUGCUUUACAAGACAAAACUGCUGGAGGAAAAAAGUCCCAUUCUUUUUAGCACUUGGUGCACUUUUGCAAGUUUUUGAAUGAAUUAUAGAAUAUUUGAAUAAUUUAUUUUAUAAUGGAGUUUUAUGAGACAAUCUAAAGAAAAGAUGUUUUAUUCCACAUACAAGACAAUUUUUUUUUACUGCAAAUGAUAGAAAGUUUGUUUUAGCAGAAAACCUGUUAUUGUCUCAGUCUGUCAACCACAGAGGCAGCUAUUACUGACAGUAACAAGUCUGAACACACUCCACAUGUCCACGGUGUGCACUCCCACUCUUCCUGCUGUUAUUUUUUAGUCACAUGACUUCAUUCACUUGAAGAGAGGGGAGCCUGCCAAUAUUAUAAUGCUUUUCUGUUUUAAUGCUUUCUGUUAUUCAUCAGCCAUGUUUAUUUUUUGAACAUUUACCUGACAAGUGCCACGUGUGUGAUCAGUUCUGGCAGUCCCUGUUCUUGACCGGAGUCUCCACAUGUCUUGAACCUUCUGGACUCGUGAAUCUCUGAUCAGUGAACUGAUGCCGGAGCUGCACUAAAAAUGUUUGCUCCACUUGAUUUGGAAUGAAAUUAAAGAAGGAAAAAAAGGAGAUUUUUGUUUUUAUGGAAGCAGAAACUUUCAGAUGGGUUCUCGUGUUAAAAACUGUUGUCCUCAGGAAUAUAUUUGAAAACCUAAAGAAAAGUGAAUGAAUGAACUUUGUAGAAAGUGUAAUCUGACCUGAUUUGUAAAAUUUGGGGCAAUUUGUUGUUAGACUUUAAAACAGACAAAUGCUUUUGUAAACAACUUGUAUUAAACAUGAUGCAUUUAAUGUGAA